UUGUUACAUCGGUUGCUUGAGAAAACUCGGAUUCUCGUAAUGGUUGCUACUACAUAUACCAAAGGUUUUGUAGAAAUUGAACAUUUUCUUGUGUUCUGUCAUAAACCAUGAAUAAUGCUUCCUCGUUUCUACAUUCAUCAGCAAUUAAAACGCUGUAAAUUUCGAUUCUUUUCGCGUUCAGUUGGAAACCCAGAUGCAAUUUUGGUGGUAUCAUCAUCGGGUUCAUCGCCAGAGCCAUCUCUGGUUCGCUCCGAAAACUCGACGCUUCAAACGACGACUAAACGUUUUGACGAAGACCAAAUUUUUCAGUUGAACAAGAUUAUAAGCAGAUGUGUACGUUCAGGAGAUAUAGAUGGAGCUCUCAAAGUGUUUCACGGGAUGAGAGCUAAGAACACCGUUACCUGGAAUUCUCUGCUCGUUGGGAUUUCCAAAGAUCCAAGCAGAAUGAUGGAAGCACACCAACUGUUCGACGAAAUCCCUGAACCAGAUACUUUCUCUUAUAACAUCAUGUUGUCUUGCCACGUUCGUAAUGAAAACUUCGAGAAGGCUCAGAGCUUCUUCGAUCGGAUACCAUUCAAGGAUGCGGCUUCAUGGAACACGAUGAUCACAGGGUACGCACGAAGAGGUGAAAUGGAGAAAGCGCGGGAAUUGUUCUACUCCAUGACGGAGAAGAACGAGGUUUCUUGGAAUGCCAUGAUCUCUGGAUACAUUGAAUGCGGGGAUUUGGAAAAGGCAUCACAUUUGUUCAGAGCGGCUCCAUUUAGAGGCGUUGUGGCGUGGACGGCUAUGAUGACAGGGUACAUGAAAGCCAAGAAGGUUGAAUUAGCUGAGGCAGUGUUCAAAGACAUGACAGUGAAGAAAAAUCUUGUAACUUGGAACGCUAUGAUCUCUGGUUAUGUUGAAAAUUCUCAGCCAGAAGAUGGAUUGAAGCUUUUCAGAGCUAUGCUUGAGGAAGGAAUUAGGCCUAACUCGUCUGGACUAAGCAGUGCAUUGCUUGGAUGCAGUGAGCUAUCAGCGUUACAGUUAGGGAGGCAAAUGCAUCAGAUAGUGUGUAAAUCUACACUUUGUAAUGACAUAACUGCAUUGACGUCUCUGAUUAGUAUGUACUGCAAAUGUGGAGAACUUGGUGAUGCUUGGAAACUGUUUAAGGUGAUGAAGAAGAAAGAUGUUGUGGCCUGGAAUGCGAUGAUUUCCGGGUACGCUCAGCAUGGUAAUGCAGAUAAGGCUCUGUGUUUGUUCAGUGAGAUGAGAGAUAACAAGAUCAAGCCGGAUUGGAUAACGUUUGUUGCGGUUUUACUGGCUUGUAACCAUGCAGGACUAGUGGAUGUUGGGAUGGCGUAUUUUGAUUCGAUGGUGAGAGAUUACAGGGUAGAACCGCGGCCUGAUCAUUUCACGUGUAUGGUUGAUCUUUUGGGUCGGGCUGGGAAGCUGGAGGAGGCAAUGGAACUGAUAAGAUCAAUGCCGUUUAGACCGCAUGCUGCAGUGUUUGGGACGCUCUUAGGGGCUUGUAGAGUGCACAAGAACUCGGAAUUGGCUGAAUUUGCAGCUGAGAACCUGCUUGAGCUUGACCCGAGAAAUGCAGCCGGGUAUGUGCAGCUAGCGAAUAUUUACGCAUCGAAGAAUCGUUGGGAAGAUGUUGCAAGGGUUCGCAAGAGAAUGAAAGAGAGUAAUGUUGUGAAGGUACCCGGAUACAGUUGGAUAGAGAUUCAAAACAAGGUUCACCAUUUCAGAUCAAGUGAUCGGAUUCACCCGGAACUAGACUUAAUACACAAGAAACUGAAGGAGUUGGAAAAGAAGAUGAAACUAGCUGGAUACAAACCGGAGCUAGAGUUUGCUUUACACAAUGUAGAAGAAGAGCAAAAGGAGAAGCUAUUGUUAUGGCAUAGCGAGAAGUUAGCUGUUGCAUUUGGUUGCAUAAAACUCCCUCAAGGUUCACAGAUACAAGUGUUCAAGAACUUGAGAAUCUGUGGUGAUUGUCAUAAAGCAAUCAAAUUAAUCUCGGAGAUAGAGAAACGAGAGAUCAUGGUGAGAGACACCACAAGGUUUCACCAUUUCAAAGAUGGGUCUUGCUCUUGUGGCGAUUACUGGUGAAAAGAGAAGACCUUUG